GGGCGGGGACAGGGCCGGGCCAUGGCGGCGGCGGGAGCUGCGCGGCCGCGCAAGGGUUUGUCCUCUGGAAGGCUGUCAGGAGCAGUUAAACUAACAAAUGGAAGAAAACAGUUGGGCUUAAGGAGAGGAUGUUAUUCUGAUGCAGAAUUCUUUUCCACUGACUCUGACAAUCAGGUUGAUGCUAUUCAGGGUGGACUUGACCAGUGUGCAGCUUUACUGAAGAAUUUCAUACAAAAUGAGGCUACAGGAAAGGAGACUGUCCAUAAACAACCUGGGAAAACAACUACCUUUAAAAUUGCUUCCAAGCCGUUGCUAACCAAAGGCAAUACUUCCAAGAAGAAGGGGUUGACAGGAAAUGUUACUCCUGCCCCUGUCCGAAAAGAAAUUGUGCCAAUAUCAAAUAGAAAAUUUGCCUUGUCCACCACACCUUCUACUGAGAAAGAACUUUCCGGUGCAGCACAGAAUCAGAUGGUUCAACCUGUUCAUGUGCCUUGCAGUCAGCACUCUCCUGUGAUGUAUCAGAAACUGUGUGAGCAUGUGGAGACUCAGAUGUCUCUGAUAACUGGCCAACCACUUCGGGAGAGUAAUGAAAUUCCUACUAUAACUCCUUCUCCUACCUCAAAUCAGGGAUGUCAAAAUGUUGCAGCUUUUAAUUAUCUGUUACCUACAUCCACAUCAGUACUGUCCCUGCAGCAUUCAUCUAGUCCCUUGACUACUCAGUCAGGUGUUCCUGUAGAUAGUGCCAGUGAACGUGUGCCAGAGGUGGGAGGACCUGUUGUUUUCCCAGUAGUUUCUGCUGCUCCUGCUGCACAAGUACAAUCUGCCACUGCUCCUCCUGCUGUGAUCCCUUGUAUAGCACCAGGUGCUCCAACCCCUGCAGUGCCUGCACUGAUCCCAGCGUCUUCUGGCAGAGAGGUGACCCCAAGCCAAGAGCACCAGACAAAAGAGGCAGAUUUGAUAAGGUGCAUACAAGCUCACCUGGCCCUGUUGCAGUCACGGGAGGGGCUGAAUGGCGGCACUGAACAGAGGUGCCAUCAGCACUGUCCAGCACAAUGUGGUGGCUCAAGUGACUCGGAGGAGGACACUCCUGAAGAGCACAGUGAGGACGUACUCAGUGAGGAAGAUGAGUUGAGUGUACUUGACGUGGCUCCAGUGAGAGAUACAAGCUGUAGGACAAGCUGUGUGAAUAAAGUUCUAAAAUCUAGAAGAGAAAGUCCAGAAGAAACAGCCCAUAAAGUUAUGACUGUAAAAUAUCUUAUGGGCGAACUCAGAGAACUGAUAACAGACCAAGAUGAUUCAGAAAUGCUGAGGUUGAUGAGUGAAAUAGAAGGGUGCGUAUCAUCACUCCCAGCUGUAGUGGGAAGUACAAACAUCCAAGCUGAAAUAGCCCUGGCUCUGCAGCCUCUCAGGAGUGAAAACGCCCAGCUGCGCAGGAGGCUAAGAAUAUUAAACCAGAAACUCAGGGAACAAGAAACCAGUGAGAAGAAAUCUGGACAGAGCUUCAACUAUGAAUUAGUGUCUUUGCAGUCCUUGAAUAUGAUGCUCCAGAGUCAACUGAAAGAAUCGCAGAAAGGCCUUGAUUCACUGCAGGCUAAAAAUGAAGAACUUCUUAAAAUAAUAGAAAGUCAGAAAGAAGAAAAUAAGCGCCUUGCCAAAGUUAUUCAAAAUAAAGAAGAAGAACUGCUUGAAAACAAACAGCAUUAUGACAUUCAUUCCACCAAGCUCAAGAUUGAAGUGGAAGAAGCAUUAGGAAAUGUGAAGAGCCUUCAGUUUAAGCUGGAAGCUUCAGAGAAAGAAAAUAAGAUUUUGGGCAUAACAUUAUGUCAGCGUGAUGCCGAGGUUAAGAGACUUCGUGAAUUUACCAGAACGUUGCAGGGCAGUAUGGCCAAGCUUCUGUCUGACCUCACAGUGGACAAUGUUAGACCCAAACCUGGAAAAACUCUCUCAAAGUCUCUUUUGGAAGACCAUGAAAAGCAGAUGCAACCUGAGCUGUUUCCUGGGAGUACUUCAGUAAUGACUUACCUUAAAAAAUUAGAAAUGGAUCAUAUUUUGGUAGAUACAGAUCUUCAGUUCGCAAAUGAAAGUGGAAACGUGGAAAUGCAAAAUCUGGCCUAUGAAAAGUUUGAUGCUGAAGGAAGUAAAAUAAACAGUACACUCAUAGAAGAAGGAACAUCAGCUCCCAGAGCACUACACCCUUCACUGAACCAAGAUGCAGAAACAAUUAGUGAUUCUGGGACUUUACUAGAUGACCAAAACAAGUUGGAUGAGACAAUUUAUAUUCCACUGACUAGCAGUGCCUCUAAAAAACAGCAGCCGAUCUCUGGUAUGCUACCCCAGAGUAGAGGGGCUUGUAAAACUUUGGAUUUCUGUGAGCUCCCAAGUUCUGUGCAGCAGUGUGAGCUAUCAAAGGAUCCAGCUGUACUGGAUAAGUUGAGUGCUGGAUACAGUGUGAAAAAGCCUGUGGAAAACACGCCUGAAAUUACAGGGGAUAAAGCAAAACUGGAAGGAGACAAAGUCCAAGUGAGACCAAAAGUCAUUCCAAGUGGAGCUGCAAAAGAUUCCGCAGAUAAACCAGACCAACCUCAGCCUGGUGCAUUCCCUCGUGUGUCAAUGCCAUUUCCAGCAGAGGUUUCUCAGAGACAAGGCAGUAAACCAGCUGAUUUUAGUUGCAUUUCAUGUGAUGGUUUAUCAGUGAGGUCUGAGUGGAGUGCGUCUUCGUUCUCAACCUUUACUUCUCGAGAUGAAGAGGACUUUAAGAAUAGCUUAGCAGCCCUGGAUGCCAACAUAGCCAGGUUACAAAGGACUCUGCAGAGUAACAUCAGGAAACAAUGAGUAUGAGGAGGGGAAAUGGGCUACACUUGUUUGGAAAUAUUAGUUUUUUCUGAAGUAUAUUAAUAAGUAUGGUACUGAUGUGUAUAUAUGUCCGUAAUAACUUGUUCCUAGCUGUUUCAAUUAUGGAUAUAAUUUGUUCCUCAUUAAGCUGUAGCGCUGUUUCCCCUAAUGUGUACAACUUGAAAUAACUGGCUUUUUAUAUAAAAUAUAAAUGAUUUGUUGGGUUUUUUAAAAUUAUUA